AUGUCAAGUACAGACGACGCCAAUAUGGCCGCAUCUCUUGACGCACAGCACGACAAAUACGUCGGCCUCAUGCUCGCCGUCUCCUCCUCUCUCAUGAUCGGAAUCUCCUUCGUCAUCACCAAGAAGGGCCUCAUCGACUCCACUGCAAGGCACGGCGGACACGGCUCGGCAUCCGACCAAUACCUCUUCUUAAAGAACCCCAUCUGGCUCCUCGGCAUGCUCACCAUGGCGGCGGGAGAGAUUGCCAACUUUGCUGCAUAUUCGUUUGCACCAGCUAUUCUGGUCACCCCACUAGGCGCACUCUCUGUCAUUAUCGGGGCUAUUCUUGCUUCAUUUUUCCUCCAUGACAAGCUUGGAGUUGUCGGCAAGGUUGGAUGCGCCCUUUGUCUAAUUGGAUCGGUCGUCAUCGUCCUCCACGCCCCAGAAGACAAGAACAUCGAGUCGGUCGAUGAGAUUUUGAACUAUGCCCUGCAGCCUGCAUUCAUGGCGUACAGUCUGUUUGUGCUGGCAUUCUCGACAUUUAUGAUCUACAGGGUCGUGCCAAAGUGGGGCAACAAAUCGCCAAUUGUCAACAUCUCCAUCUGCUCGUUUGUCGGAUCGAUCACCGUCAUGGCGUCCAAGGGCUUCGGAAUCGCGCUCAAGCUGACCUUUGCUGGCUCAAAUCAGCUGACGCACCCCUCCACCUAUGUCUUCGCCCUCCUUGUCGGUAUCUGCAUCGUCGUUCAGAUGAACUAUUUCAACAAGGCCCUCGACACAUUCUCCACCAACGUUGUGAUGCCUAUCUACUACGUGAUGUUCACAACGGCGACGAUUACGGCAUCUAUUAUCCUAUUCCAGGGUUUCAACACCACCUCGACCGUCAAUAUCGUCUCCAUCUUCUGCGGAUUCGGUACCAUCUUUUCAGGAGUCUUGCUGUUGAACAAUGCUCAACACUCCUCAUCCGAGUCGCAUAGCAAGUCAGGGUCGAUCACCAACGGACCUGGAGGACACGGAUUUGCGGAUAGACGGUCAUCUCGUGAAUCGACGCUGUUGAAUGCGUAUGAUGAGGAGAGUCUGGGAUUGACGCAGUUGCGGGAGGAGGAAGAUGACGAUGAGGAUUUGACAGAGGAUGAGGAUAGGCGGGUACGUAUGAGUAAUGGUGGCCACUCACAUCACCGCUAG